UUUUCAUAUCUGUCUUUUUUUCCUCGGGAUUUCAUCUUCACAAGUGUAUAUAGUAUUUUAAUUAAUGCAAAAGUAGUGAAAAACAAUGACAAGUUCAUAUAGAAUAGCGAAAAAUGUGGGUUAAAACGUAGGACUACUGCUUUACCAGGAUCAACUUUCAAUACUUAUCGGACAAAUUUUAGACUUUCGUUCUGCCCACUUCUGCAGAUAAUGCGCUCAUGCCUUUCUGGGGCAUCGAGCAGCAAAAUCAAUAUUUUACGCUUCAAAAAUCACAAGAACCUGGAAAUAUUAUUUUCAAGAACGUUUUUAGUACAAUUAAGAACUUAUUGGAUGCAAAACAGCCGCCUUACAGGAUAUUAUUCCAUAAGGAUUUGGAGAGUGUUUGCUUACAAAUUGCGAUUUCAGAGUCCAGAGAAGCGAUAGAAAGUGCUUGGGAUUGGAUUAAAAUCAAUAUGUUGCCAGAAUUGGAGAACAUCAGUAGCUCAUUUGCAAAAGAAGAAUAUGUCGUGAAAAAAGUUAAUGCGAUUGUGUCAGAGACGGCCACCAAUAGUGAUGCCGAUGAGCUAAUACAGGAUAAUAAUAUUCGAAACGCUUCAAGAACAUUCAAAAAGACAUUUGAUGUUCCUGCAACUGAACGUCUUGUCAACUAUUAUUCUUGCUCAUGCAACAGUCGGCAGGGCUGGAUGUAUAUAUCAGAGAAUUUCGUGGGAUUUUAUUCUUACUUAUUGGGAUUUGAAUUAAAGAUUCUGAUCGAACUGAAAGAAGUAAAAGAUAUCAUCAAAGAACCUAUCAGAAAACUGUUUAGGCAUAGUCUUCGUAUUAUAACCAAGGAUAGUAAAGAAUAUCUGUUCACAAAUAUGUUCAAACGUGAUGAAGUAUAUGAUUUGCUAAUUCAGUUGGCAAGCGAUUCUAUACAGCGUUUAUUGAAGAGCACUACUUCCAAAGCUCUCAAAGAUAGUACAACGAAUGCAAUUAAUCAUUCUCCUAUCAGUAGAGAGAGUAAACCAGAAGAUGGCGAUACCCUCAUAUCUCCCUCUUCACGAACAAAUAAUCCUUUAAAAACGAUAUUACAACAUAGGAAACAAAACGAACGGUUUCGACAGUUGUUCAGGUUACCUGAGGAAGAGCAAUUGAUUGAUUCUAUAAAUGUCACUUACUAUUUCCAAUCAACAACUGCAAAGGCCACUGUAGAAAAGAUCAAACAUCUCGGCAUACUUUAUUUAUCACAGAAUUUUUUAUGUUUUGGAUCUUCCAAUGAUACAGCAGUAUUAGCGUCCGAUAUGGAUCAAUCUCCUUGCUCGGUCAUUUUGCCACUCUAUACUAUCACUCGCUUGGAGAGGAUCAAUAACGAUACAUACAGAUCGGAGCUCAUUUUGACAAUAUGGCAUAAAAUGACACACAACUUCAAAGUGGAUAUAAGAUAACUAGUGAAAGAUUUUGCGACAGCUUGAAAAAUGGGCUUCAAGUAAACGUUGAACGAAUGAAACGUCAUCUUCGUCGAUUCUUGACAACCUGUCAAUCUGAAAAUUUACUACAGACGGUUGAUGGACCCA